AUGAAUUCAAAUUCGAAUCAAACCCCUGAAACACUAUUUUCAAUUAGAAGAAAUGAGAGUUCGUCAAUUCGCAGUGACACUAGUGACCGAAUCCUACCUGUAAAUGAAGUCGACGAAGAUCCAUUUUGCGUUUUAUGCAUCUUAUGGAAAUCUGGUAAACUUGGUGCUGCAUAUUUUAGAAGCUCCGAACGUCAGCUUUAUGUUCUGCAAGAGGUGAUGGACGUUGCACCGGAAUUUGGAGUAACUCGCUCCCUGUUUCGUGAGGUGAAUCCUAGUCAUACUUUAACAACUGGUAAUAUAAGCGACAUGUUUGUAAAGUGCAUUAUAAACAUCUUAAAGGGUGACAAUAAUGAAGAAGAUAACUCUAACAAUUCUCACACUCUUCAAACAAACACUUUGCCUGCGAACAUAACUUUACUUAAUAUUAAAGAUUAUUGCUUUGAUAAUUGUGAGCAUAAAGCUUACAACGUUACCGUAUCAUCGGAACCUAAAGAUUUAACAGUAACGCAGCAGGAAGUCUUUCGACAUUCGUUGAUUGGUUUUGAUAGCAAAGUAACAGUGCACGCGUUGGGAGCGUUAAUUAAAUAUUUGGAAAAAAAUUGGUCACAUAUUAAUACCAGCAAUACGGAGUUAACAUUUUUGCACAUUAACAAAGUGUCCUUGAAUGAUAGCGUUCUAAUAGAUCAAAAUACUUUUAAUAGUUUACAAAUUUUUGAUGUCAAAAGUCACGAUUCCAAUUUUAAACGGGGACUACAGUCUCAUACCAGGGAGGGGUUUAGCAUUUACAGACUUUUGUCACAGCAUUGCAUAUCUAAAAUUGGCUAUCAGUGCUUAAGAUCCAUAUUGGCUAAUCCAACAAAUAACGUAGACGAACUAAAAAAACGUUUGGAUUUUAUACAGUUUGCAUUAGAUGCUAAGAACCAGACACUAAUCGAAAAUCUUCAAGAAACUAUCAAGAAAAUUUCCGACCUUACUUUUAUCUUUCGUAAAAUUCAGUAUGCAAGAGGGAAUGCUAGAGAUUGGGAAACUCUUUAUACGACAAUUUACAACAUGCUCUUCCUUCAUGAACUCUGUACUCCUUAUGUAAAAUCUGUGGCAAUAUUUGCAACUUUAGACAGAGCAAUAACCGCCAAGUUAUAUAAUUUGCAAGCAUCAAUUAACAAUGGGUUGGAUUUUUCGCAAGGUAAUAAACGUGUUCGGCCGUUGAUUAAAAUGGGACUGGAUUCGGAGUUGGAUAAAAAGGAAUUACAAAAAUGCGACAUAUCCAAAAAUGCAACGGCCGCUGCACGUAUUGUGCUAAACCAACUACCCCAAUUCAUUGACGGGUGCUCAGUCGUUUACAUGCCGGAAUUGGGCCAUUUUGUUGUCAUCAAAGAAUGGGAGGCAAAUUGCGACAAAAAAGAACUUGAGGAACACGGACUUCAGUUUGUGUUUGAACUUAAUCAAUCUUUGCACUACAAAAAUGCUUUAUGCACGGACAUGGAUAAACAAUUGGGAAAUAUCUACUUGGAAAUCUUGUUUCACGAAAAUCGUAUCAUUCAACGCUUAACCGAUUUUGUGCUUUCCAGUUUUAAAGAAAUUCUGGAGCCAUUGAAAAUUAUCGCUAUGAUUGAUUGUUUGAUUGGGAUGUCACGGGUAAGUAAGGAGGGAGCUUACGUUCGCCCCUCAAUUAAUGAGAGUUCGAUUAUGGAAAUUGAGGAUGGCCGUCAUCCACUGUUAGAAUUGUUCUGUACUAAUUUUGUACCAAACAGUUAUUUCUCUGGUGGUGAAUCUGGCAGGAUGAAGAUCAUAACUGGUCCUAAUGAUAGCGGAAAAACUAUUUUUUUGAAACAAAUUGCGCUUAUUGUUUACUUAGCUCACAUAGGGUGUUAUGUGCCAGUUAAAAAAGCCAACAUCGGUAUUAUGAGUAGUAUACAUUCAAAGAUCCACAUCAAUGAAUCGGCGAGCGUCAGCCUUUCCGCAUUCAUGUUGGAUUUAACCCAGAUGUCUCAAUCUCUACAUAAUGCGAAGAAAAACUCUUUGGUACUGAUAGACGAAUUUGGGCGUGGCACAACGGGGGAUGACGGGUUUGCACUUUUCACCGGUGCUUUAAAAUCUUUUGUCGAGAUGGGAGAUUUGUGUCCUCACGUGGUUGUGUGUACACACUUUCAACAAAUGUCCAACUAUUUAUCGGGCAGCGAUACUGUGUCGUUUUUAAAAAUGGAUUACGAGAAACGAGAUUCCGACAUUGUUUACCUUUACAAAGUUGUCGAUGGUAUUUCGAAUAGUUUCGCCUUUGACGUCGCAAAAGCUGCAGGGCUCGACGAGAAUAUUAUUUCUAGAGCUCGGGAAUUUUACCAGUUACUGUGUGGCGACGGAGUUUCCUUGGUAGAUGAUAACCAAUUUGAGCCAAUUACAUUUAAUAUCGGCGACAUUAACAUACCUGAUUUGAAUUAA